GAAGAUCCAGAUCAUAAUGGAAUCUAUUUCUAUCUAUCUAUCUAUCUAUCUAUCAUGAUUCAUUAUAUACACGUUCAUGAAUCAUGCUUGAGACACACGAUCCUGCUUGGCGCUAACUGCUAACUGCUUCGCACGAUUUCCGAUCAAAUCAAAACAAACAACGACGUCGUUUAAUUUCUCCUUUGGGACUCUCACUGACAUACAAACACUCUUCACAAACCACACUCUCUCCCUCCAAAUCCAAAUUCGAAACCCUAACGAUUGGAUCCGAUCAAAAGAAAAUGGGUUCGAGGGGGGUGCCGAAGAUGGGUUCGUUCCAUUACAGCUUCAGGGAGAAGAAGGAGAGGCUGCUGUCGUCGAGGAACGUGUAUGGCUAUUCACAGAUUGGGGACCCGCUGGUGGAAUCCGACGAGGAGGAGGAGCGGCUGACGGGGAGGUGGUGGUGGAGGCGGUGCUCGGACGGGAUCGUGGAGGGUUGGAAGAUGGCGAAGCAGGUGGCGGCGAGGGCGUGGGAGAUGGGGUGUUCGGAUCCAAGGAAGUUUAUAUUCUCCGCGAAGAUGGGACUGGCUUUGGUUCUCAUAUCGCUUCUCAUAUUUCUGAAGGAACCAUUUGAAAGUGUUAGUCGCUACUCCGUUUGGGCCAUUCUCACCGUCGUUGUCGUCUUCGAAUUCAGCAUUGGUGCAACUCUUAGCAAAGGGCUUAACAGAGGACUUGGGACUUUGUCAGCUGGAGGACUUGCUUUGGGAAUAGGAGAAUUAACAAGAUUGGGUGGUGACUGGCAAGUUCUUUAUACUAUUAUCAGCAUCUUCAUUGCAGGAUUUUGUGCUACCUAUGCUAAACUAUACCCGACAUUGAAGGCUUAUGAAUAUGGUUUCCGUGUGUUCUUGAUCACAUUUUGCUACAUCAUUGUAUCCGGAUAUCGAACUGGAGAGUUUGUUCAGACGUCUAUAAACAGGUUUCUGCUCAUUGCGAUUGGUGCUGCUGUAUCUGUUGGAGUAAAUGUAUGUAUAUUUCCAAUCUGGGCUGGUGAGGAUCUGCAUAAUCUUGUGGGGAAGAAUUUCAUGGGGGUCGCGAAAUCUUUGGAAGGUGUUGUCAAUAACUACCUUAAUUGUGUUGAGUAUGAGAGAAUACCCUCAAAAAUUCUUACCUACCAAGCUUCUGAUGACCCGCUUUACAGCGGCUACAGAUCGGCUGUUGAAUCUUCGAGCCAAGAGGAAGCACUGUUAGGUUUUGCUGUUUGGGAGCCACCUCAUGGUCGCUACAGAAUGUUUAAAUAUCCUUGGCAUAAUUAUGUGAAAGUAGGUGGAGCAUUAAGGCAUUGUGCGUUUAUGGUCAUGGCUAUGCAUGGAUGUAUACUUUCUGAAAUACAGGCUCCACCUGAGAAGAGGCAAGUUUUCCAAAGUGAGCUGAAGAAGGUAGGCGCUGAAGCAGCAAAAGUGCUUCGGGAACUUGGAAACAAAGUUCAAAAGAUGGAGAAACUGGGUCAGGACGACAUUUUGUUUGAAGUACACGAGGCAGCAGAAGAACUGCAACAGAAGAUUGAUAAGAAGUCUUUCAUCCUUGUAAAUUCUGAGAGCUGGGAGAUUGGAAACCGGCCAAGACCAAAGGGCGAACAACAAGAUUUCUCAAACAUGGACGAUGAAAGACGUUUCUUGGAGUACAAGUCUCUCAGCGAAGCUGUCCUCGACCUAAGAUCAGUUAACGUUCCAAAAAAUUGGGAUGAACAAACUGCGGCCCAACCACCAGGUUUCGUUGAAGAAAACAUAUACAAGAAACAGCCUUCCUGGCCUGCUCAUAUUUCCUUUAAGACAGAUGUAGUGUUUAAAGAGGAGGAAUCAAGGACAUAUGAAAGUGCUAGUUCACUGUCUCUAGCAACAUUUACAUCCCUCUUGAUUGAGUUUGUGGCAAGGCUCCAGAACCUUGUGGAUUCAUUUGAAGAGUUAGGUGAGAAAGCAAACUUUAAGGACCCUCUUGAGCAAGAACAUGUGAGAAGUGGUUGCUGGACAAGGAUGUUUGAUUGUUUCAUAUCUAAGGAUUGAGACAGUAUCAAUGAUUCUAAGUUUUUAACAUUCUUGUUAAGCAUCUUUACUUGGGUAAUAAUGUUUACUUGCACAAAAUUUUGUCACAUAACUAUUGUAAUGAAACUGUCAAGUGAUUGUCAGA